AUGAAAAUCACAGAGGAUCGAUUCAAAGGCGUAAUCAUCGAACUCCCGGACGAAGAAAUAAACGAGAAAUCAUUCGAAGAAGAGCUCAAAAGAACUUGGCAGAGUGGAAAGCAGCUGGAAAGCGCGGCGUCUGGUUUCACCUGCCUAACAGAGCGAACAAGGCCGUUGCUCAUUUGCUACAAAACGGAUUCGGUAAAUAUUUAUCCGCAAGUUCAAUCAGUUCUAUAUAACCCAGAGUACCACCAUGCUAAAAAGGGGAAAGUCGUCCUUCUCGGAUGGCUGCCCACGGACGACACCAACAACGUUCCGGCUUAUCCGUACACAGGAAUUGGAGUCGGGGGCCUCGUCAUCAACUCAAACAAUCAAGUUCUUAUGGUGAAAGAGAAGUACGCGUUCUCUGAGUACUUCAAACUUCCGGGAGGUCACGUCGACAAAGGCGAAGAUUUACACAUUGCCGCAAUACGGGAAGUCAAGGAAGAGACUGGAAUAGAUGCCAAAUUCAAAGGCAUCGUGCAGUUCCGCCAUUUCCACGACAUGCCAAUAGAAGGCCAUUUCUGCUCAGACAUCUACUUUAUCAUUCUCCUUGAGCCCGAAGACGAAACUCAAACAAUCAAAAUUCAGGCAAAUGAAAUCCAAUGCGCUCAAUGGAUAAAUAUUGAAGAUGCUUUGAGCGGAAACUCUGUAUCAGAACACAAUAAAGGAUUCAUCAAAGCGGCGCGUGAAUGCCUUGAAAGCAACACUUUCAUCAAUAUUCGGAAAGAAGAAGCGUUUGAGAGAGUUUUCUCGAUGUGGAGCAUCAAAAACGAUUCAUAA